UUGACUAAUCCAGUUUUCCACCAUUCUACUUUUUACUGCUUACACAGUCAAAAAACUACCUCUCAGAAACCAUCAAUCUUAAAUUUGUAAAAAAAUGUUUUAUUCCAGUGAGUUAACCCACUGGCAUUCCUGUAAAAUUAGCCUAAAAUGCCUAAAAAAGGCAUACCCAAGGUAAAUUGCAUGCUGUUCUUGAACCAUGUGGAGUAUAUGCAUGGUUUUUAUCUCUUUUGAAAGGUAUAGUUACUGCAGGCGCUAACACGUUAAUGUCUAAAGAGCCAGAACAACUUUUAAGAUCAUAACUAGUGUGCGUGUGAACUAGUAGGGUGGUCAAACUCUCUCGUGGGAGGAUUCACAAACCAGCUUCAGUGUUAUCAGCAGAUAGUCUUAUUAGAUCAGAGUUUUCGCUGAACAACUGAAGAAAAUGUUUCACACGCUUGUUUUGUUCUGUUUGUGUGGUCUAAUUGGUAAGUUAUACAUGCAUUUUUAAGCUUCAUUUAUUUCUGUUUUGAGUUAAAAAAAGAAGAUGCUUCUACUGUUCAAAUGAAAAGAUUUGUGUUUGUAAAUGUCACAAUUAUUAUUGUGAGAUUUAGAGUACUUUUGAUUCAGUUCUCUUUUCAGUAUGCGUGAUAUAAUGAGCCAAACAUAAAAAUACGAAACUAGUACGUUUCUAGCAGAAUUAAACUUAGUUUACUCAUCUGUCUUUGCUGUUGUUAAAUGUUUGUGGCUUUGUAAACCAACAAGAGUAUUAAUCUGUGUAAAUCUAUUCUCCAGGGGUGUUUGGUGAUUCAGUGUCAGUGAUGGAGGGAGAUUCUGUUACUUUAGACACUGAUAUUACUGAAAUACAUGAAGACGAUGAUAUACUGUGGAAAUUUGGAGCUGAAAAGCAUGUUAUAGCUGAAAUCAGUAAAGAUUCUGGAAUCUUCUCCACAUAUAAUGGUACUGAUGGCAGAUUCAGAGACAGACUGAAGCUGGACAAUCAAACCGGAUCUCUGACCAUCACAAACAUCACAACUGAACAUAAUGGAGUUUAUAAACUGGUUAUAAGUGGAGUGAAACUGACAUCAAAAACAUUCAAUGUUUCUGUCUAUGCUCAUCUGCCUGUUCCUGUCAUUAUCAGUAACUCUUCACAAUGUUCUUCAUCAUCAUCAUCAUCAUCAUCAUCAAAUUGUUCAUUGGUGUGUUCAGCUGUGAAUGUGUGUCAUGUGACUCUCUCCUGGUACAAAGGAAACAGUUUAUUGUCCAGCAUCAGUGUGUCUGAUCUCAGCAUCAGUCUCUCUCUACCUCUGGAGGUGGAAUAUCAGGAUAAAAACACCUACAGCUGUGUGCUGAACAAUCCCAUCAGCAACCAGACUCAACAUCUGGACAUCACUCAACUCUGUCACACACGUGCAGGUACGAUCAAGGUCUAUCUUUAUUGUACAUAG